UACAAAAGUCAUCAUCAGCCUAACCUAACACAAACACAGCCGCAGCAGAAGAUUGAAGAAGCAUGGAAGAAAAGAAGAGGAGUCUAAUUCUGGCGCAGGUUGUGGUGGGAGAAAAAAGAUCUGAUUAUUAUGUAUUUGAUCUGGAAGCUGAUGAAGUUUUGAAAACUGAAAUUCAAUCUUUGUUGGACCAAGGACAGGGGGACAUGGUGAAGUUGGGAGGAAUGAUGUAUAAUAUUGGCGGUCUAAGACGAAUAGAUGAAUGCCCUCCCCUUGAUGUUAUUCCUUGUGCUGAAGGAGAUCACCACGUCCACUUGGGAGUAUCUUGUUUAGACUUGAAGAAUUUUGAUGAUGCUCCUCUAUCCUCCAAUAAGUGGAGGUGGAAUGAUAUCCCUCCUAUGAAAGAAUUCCGCAUAUACCCGUCUUGUGCUUCCCUUGAUGGUAAAUUAUAUGCCUUUUAUUGUUUAUCAGCAAAGACCCAUAUUGGUGAAGUGUUUGACCCCAGCCUUGGACGCUGGGAACCCUUGCCUCCUCCACCAGAGGAAAUCCCUGCCGGUGGCUCUUUGCUCGUGUCUCCUCGGGUGAUUUCUGAUGAAAAGAGACAUCGCAUUCUUGUGCAUUUUGAUACUACUCAUUCCCUCUAUGCUUAUUAUCCUGAUUUCCAUUCAUGGGAUUGCCUUGUACAAUACUUUAGCCCGUGGUAUCCUGCUACCAUCGCUUUGGUUGAUGAUGUCCUUUUCUUCCAUAUAUAUGAGCGCCGUGAUUGCCUUGCUGCCUUUGAUUUGUUAAGCAAUUCAUGGUUAAAGGUUAAGUAUUCUUCCAACUUUCCUGCUUGGGAUAUGUCUUUUAAUGAAUGGCAGAACAUUCUUCAUUUGGGCGAUGGCAUCUUGUGCUUGGCCAACUCCUGUGCUUCUUUAGUCCCCCCCCUGUCCACACUAAUAUUCGGUUUGUCAAAUUAAGACUUCAGCGGAUCUCUUCUCAACACCUGCUGCUCGUCACUUUCGUUUCUUCCCAAUGCUUUCGAUUUCAAGGCUACUUGAGAGCCAACAGCUUCUUCCUUCUUUAGGCGAGGAUUCUUCACUAUUAUAUGCUGCAAACUUCAACCGUUGCUGAAGGAGACUCUUCCGGACUAACUCGGCUGCAUGCGGGUUCAUAAUUAAUGGAGGCAUUAAGUGGUUACCAUAUGAAUAGGCCGCCCCCAUCCAAAAUCUAAAUCGUAUAUUGGGGUCCUCUGACAAGAGCUGAUAGACCAGGCUGG